AUGAACCGCGAGCUUAUGUCAUCAUCGGGGUCGUCUGUGGCCAAAACAACGAAAAUGAACGAGUUGAAGAAGCGCUCGAACAAUUGGACCGAUUCAGAGCGGCACUCCGCUCUGUCAACAAUACUGAAUCAACAUGAUUCACUUUUUGGAAAGUUCAAAGGGGCCACUCUUGGAAAUAAGGCCAAGGAGGCCAAAUGGGAUGAGAUCGUAAUGGAAAUAAAUUCCUGUGGUGGUACACGCAGAACUGUGGAAGAGGUCCGGAAGAUGUACCAGAACUCAAAGCAACGGGCAAAGGAGAAAUUCUUUCGCAGCCAAAAGACUGGGGGUGGACCUGGAGAGCAGUUUUCAGCAUGCGAUAAUUUGCUUCUAGACAAACUAAAGGACACAAAUGUUCUGACUGGCAUUGCUGGCGGGGUUGAGAGUGGGUCCUACUCAUUCAUCAUUGAGAACGGUAUAUAA